CGUAAUCAUUCGGAACAGAAAUCCGUGAGAUUAUCUGCGAGCCUCAAUCAUUCACCUCUGUCGAUUAGAGGUACUCCGCGCUCUAUAUGUUGUUAUUUACGGGUAGAGUGGGUCUACGCGAGGGUAUUUAUACCUCAUGGAGCAAACCGGCGCUCGUUACGGCAGCACAAUAAGGAGUUUCAAUGGUUGUUGGACCUGUCGACUUCGACGCAAAAAAUGCGACGAAAGGCGCCCCGUCUGUGACGCAUGCGCUACGCUAUUCAUUACAUGUUAUUAUGACUCAGAAAAACCGGACUGGAUGGAUGGGGGGUCGAAACAGGAAGAGAUGACCAAGCAAAUCAAACGCGAGGUUAAAGAGAAUGCCCAUCGUCGUCGUGGAGAACGUAUGGUCCAAAUAUCCGAUGACCAUAUCCCGAGUAUCGAAGCUGCGGAAAUCCAUACUACCGGGAUAGAGCCGUUUCUUGAGGCAUCGCAUCUCAGACCGCAACGCGGGGCCGAUUGUACGCUUAUUAGCAAAGAUGUGCGCGGAAGCGUACCCUUUGGGAGGUCCGAUACUAUUCUGCUCAUGUUCUACCUCGAGCACCUGCUACCCUUCCUAUUUCCCUUCUACCGCCCCUCACUACUUCAGGGAGGUAGAGCGUGGGUCUUAGAAAUGAUGAUAAGCAGCCCGGUGGUGCGGCAAGCCACCCUGUGCCAAAGUUCAUAUUUCUUCUCCCUCGCCCGCGGAGCGACACACAGCAACAACGCCUGGGAGGUUGUUCUUUGUCAGACUCAGGAUGCCUUUGAAGUACUAAGGCAGUCACUACAGGUGAUUGAUGGUCCGAGCAUCGCGGAACACCUGCACGGUGCCGUGCGAAUUCUGUCGAGUAUCAUUCAGAUGCAAAGAUUCGAGGUUGCUAUCCUGAGUUUCAAUAACUGUCAAGCGCAUCUUAAUGCCGCUAUCGCUCUUUUCGCACAACUUCUUCAGGUCACCGGGCCCGUUGAACCAGCAAAUGCCAGUUCGAGCUUCAACGCUUUUGUUAACCUUCUAGGUCCCACAUCGUGGGUUUUGCCUACUCAGGAUUUCCAAGUUCCCAGUGCCGAACAAGCUGCAUUUCGCUUCUCUUCUGCCCUUUUGAUUCUUGAUGAUAUUAUCGCUAGCACAGUGCUUCAGGAGGAACCGAAGCUUUACGAAUAUCAUUCCAGUUUACUCGGUGACACGGAUGGUAUGGACCCCGCAAUUAAUCUUGAGGCCACUAUUGGGUGUCAGAAUUGGGUACUAUUGCAACUCAGUGAAAUUUCCGUUCUUGAUGCAUGGAAACAGAGGAGUAAGAGAGCUGGAGACCUUGAUGUUAUAGGACUAGUUCACCGCGCUACGAUCAUCAAGAAUACUCUGGAAACUCGAUUGACACAGCUUGAAAGCGACUUACGGGAUACUCCGAAGGAGGAUAAUGGCCUAUUGGGAAUCCUUACCGCGGAUAACUUUCAGACGCAAAAGAUUUCAGAUAUUCAGACUUCUUUGGUAACCCGGGUCUGGGCUCACGCGGCGCUCCUUUACCUUUCUGUGGUUGUAUCCGGAUGGCAGCCCGCUAACGUUGAAGUACGGUACCAUGUUGGCCGGAUCAUCGAUCUACUAACAUACCAAAUAUCACCUCCAUCUUUAUUGCGCACGGUGGCGUGGCCAUUCUGCCUAGCCGGCUGUCUCGCAAUCCCAGUGCAAGAAGCACCCUUGCGAAGUUUGGUUGAAGCUCUUCAACCACCAAGCGUUUUCGGCUCAGUACGCAAGGCCCUUGAAAUUAUGGAAGAGGCAUGGCGCAAUAGAGACAUGGAAGAUUCAGAAAGUCGCGAUCUUUCUGCUUGUUUCGGAAGCCAAGGUAAUCUGGUAUUACUCGUCUAGAAGAAUGAAUUUACAAGAUGUGGGGAUGGUAUUCCGGCUACACCUAGAGUACUUAGGUACGUUAUCCAUCGAUUUCCGCUUGUAAUUGCCUUGGUAAUUGUACCGCCUAUCUACCUGGGUGCUUCCAAUUACCAAACACUCAUAUUGUUAUCGCAGCUCUUACUUAAACUGGACAUAACCCUUGUUCU